CCUUUUAAAACGACAUAAAUCCUGACUUGGCUCGACAAAAAGAGAGACAUAAGCAGUACUGCUUGUAAACAUACAUGAAUCCGGAUUUUUCUCGGAGAAAAGAGAAUUGCGAACGCCGUGGUUAGGUUGUGUUGGCUGCUCGAACAUGGCUGGGCUACUAAAUUUGUGCAGGGCGACCUCCCGACUUGGGUCUCUUAAGCGCACUUACGUAGUAGCCGCGGCAGUUCCUAAACCGGACAGGAACCCAGAGGUGAAAUACACUGGGAUUUUUAUCAACAACGAGUGGCACAAAUCUGUGAGCGGAAAAACGUUUCCUACCAUUAACCCGUCCACUGGAGAGAAAAUCUGUGAUGUACAAGAAGGAGACAAGGCUGACAUUGACAAGGCUGUGAAAGCUGCCAAUGAAGCCUUCAAGUUUGGGUCUGAAUGGAGGCGAAUGGACGCUGGAAAGAGAGGGUUGCUGAUGUACAGGUUGGCAGACCUGAUAGAGAGGGAUAUUGAAUAUUUGACGUCUUUGGAAACGUUGGACAACGGAAAGCCAUUCAAUGUGGCUUAUUUGGGGGAUCUGCACCUUGCUCUCCAGUGUUACAGAUACUACGCAGGGUGGGCUGAUAAAAUGGAAGGAAAGACGAUUCCAGUAGACGGCGAUUUUUUUGCCUACACGAGGCACGAACCAAUUGGAGUGGCCGGCCAACUCAUUCCAUGGAAUUUUCCUAUUCUAAUGAUGGCCUGGAAACUGGGCCCUGCCCUUGCAUCCGGAUGUACUGUAGUGUUAAAGACAGCUGAACAGACUCCUCUUACUGCUAACUACAUAGCACAACUUGCGGCUGAGGCUGGGUAUCCCCCAGGGGUUCUGAACGUGGUCCCUGGUUAUGGUCCUACUGCAGGAGCGGCUCUGGCUGCACACAUGGAUGUGGACAAACUGGCCUUCACUGGAUCCACUGAAGUGGGACAGUUAGUUUCCCAAAUGGCAAGUGCUAGUAACUUGAAGAGAAUCACUUUGGAAAUGGGCGGGAAGAGUCCAGUCGUCGUGUUGUCGGACGCAGACUUGGAAGACGCCGUUGAAAACUGCCAUUUCGCCACGUUUUUUAACCACGGUCAGUGCUGUAUCGCUGGCACGAGAGUCUAUGUGGAGGAGUCAAUAUAUGAUAAAUUUGUUGAGGCCAGCGUUGAAAGAGCACGGAGAAGAACUGUUGGAGAUCCCUUCGACCCCAGCAAUGAGAUGGGCCCCCAAAUUGAUGACGAACAGCUUGGCAAGAUUCUGAACCUUGUAGACAGCGGAAAGAAAGAAGGUGCCAAGUUAGCUAUUGGAGGGCACCAGAUUGGCGAUAAGGGAUACUUCAUGGAACCAACAGUAUUUGCAGAUUGUACCGAUAACAUGAGAAUUGCCAGAGAAGAGAUCUUUGGCCCUGUGCAGUCAAUCUUUAAAUUCAAGUCGCUAGAUGAGGUCAUUGAAAGGUCAAACGACAGCAUGUACGGCCUGGGAGGCGGCAUUAUGUCCAAUGAUAUGGACAAGGUGAACUAUCUGAUCCAGGGAAUAAGAGCUGGGACUAUAUGGAUAAAUGUGUAUAAUAAGUUUGAUGCUGCCAUGCCAUUCGGUGGCUACAAAAUGUCUGGUAAUGGACGUGAACUGGGGGAGUAUGCUCUAGAGGGCUAUACUGAAGUCAAAACUGUGUGCAUGAGAGUUUUACAGAAGAAUUCUUAAAAAGUAUCCAUCCAACGGGAAUAAAUUUGAGGCACGCAUGUACCUAGCUGUCGACAAGAACAUAUCUUUCCUUUUUCCUUAGCUUGGUUAUGUAAAACUCUAUAUAAACUGUUUUAAUGACACUGUAUUGAAUGUUAACUGUUUAAAGUAAAGGUUGCCAAAGGUAAUGUAUUCUCUGAAUUGUUCAUGAUGUGAUGUCUACGGUUUAAGCUGCCAACUUAACUGUAAAGCUGAACACGUCGUUGACCAAGCUACCAGAUUAUGUCCAGCAUUUGAAAGAUGACAUGAUGCAGCGACAUAGCCAUGCGCCAUGUCUUUUCAGAUUUCGAGAAAGUUGUUGUCGCUCUAUUUUAGUGAUAUACUAACAUGUUUUAAGUGAUAUGCUAACAAAGGGAGGGAAUUGAUAUCCUUAGAAACUUGUCGAAUGGAAGAUUUUUAUCUUCUUUACGUGCUAGAUAUAGAUUUAACUGCAAGGCGUGAAAAAAUUUGAACACGUCCCAAGUUAACAAACUUCCAUGAGGGGAAUAAAUUGAAAUGUAGAUUUUAUUUACCUUUCUGAGCACCAUUUAUAAUUUUUAUUUUAUUAUUUCAAAUACUAACAAUUAAUUACAAAUGGCCAAUAUUUCACCGUUUUAGUAAUAAAACACUUGUUAUAUAUAGAAACUAUAGGUCUAUUUUUGUUAGUUGUAACUUACGUAAUCUAUGAUCAUUAUAGUAACUAAUGUACAGUUAUAUAAAACAUAGUCGGAGAUACGGAUAAAAAACAGUACACAGUAUCAAAUCGGCACGAGUGUCUCUUGUCAGAAAUGUGUCAAAAUGGCAUCAAAACCCAUUUUAAUGAAGCAAAUCACCACCUCUCUUUUAU